UGCCAGUUUACAUUACUCUCUUUGAACCCGUCGAAGAAAACGUUUUUUUCUCUCUCUUUGUGAGUGUACAGAUUUUUUGAAUUGCCCUUACAUUUGGCAGUAUCCUGUUUUAUUCUUGUUGUUUAUAUUUUCAACUGACUGGUGCAAUUAUUAGAUUGUGUCCUUAUAGAUGACAGUGCGAUGUUCGCGAGCUAUUUGUAUUCCUAUUAGAAACUCAGUUGGACAAAGUUGAAAAGGACGCAGGUUAGAGUUUUUGGUGUGGAAAAGUUUUCAUGUUUUGAGAAAUAUCCUUGCCUGUUGUGACACUAAUACGGAUGGUAGAACAAUUUAGGAGAAAAACUGUGAUCUGUGUUAGCCCAUACUUUUAAAAAAAUGUGCAGUAUGAACCUCGAUUCAAUCGAAUUCAGUGGAAAAUAAAAGAAAAACCUUUGCCAAGCUAGUGAAAACAAAGUAGUGCUAAGAAAAACUGAUCCCUUAUCUGCCGUCGGCUUACGAAUUCAAUGCAAGCAAAAAUGCGAACACCUUUUGCCAUCCAGGAAAUCCUUGGAUUAGGCGUUGGGCGCCAAACAAACAACAAUUCACCACCACCAUUGAAUGCAACUCUCUCACCAAUUUCAGCGGACAAUGACUCAUUAUCGCCUGGUAUAACAGGGGGCGGAGGUGGUAAUGGCGGUUGUCCACCAGGACCCUAUCAAUUACCAGUUUUCAAUCCUGCUAGUUUCUAUGCAGCCGCCGGCUACGAACAGAAUCAACUAAAUGCCGCUGCACAUCAUCAUCAUAUGACAACACUGGCAGCGGCGGCCUACUUAAGAGGAUUUUUACCGCCCGGAUUUAAUCCGCCACACGAAUUUCGCGGUCACUUUCAACAGCAUUUCGCAGGACAGUUUGAUCAAUCCCGGGGCGAUUUCAAUGGGUUAACCUCUCCCGACGAGCAUUGUGGACAUGGCGGCAUCGGGAAUGGAAGCAGUCUGGCUGGAGAACAUUGUUCAGCAGCAGCUGCUGCAGCGGCUGCUGCCUUGGUGGUUGGACAUCAUGGCGAUGGUUUAUCACCUGGCGGGAGUAGUAAAAAGAAGAACAAACGACGACAUGGAAGAACUAUAUUUACAAGUAAUCAAUUGGAUGAUUUGGAAAAGGCAUUUAAGGAAGCCCAUUAUCCGGAUGUUAGUGCAAGAGAAACGUUAUCGAUGAAAACUGGAUUACCGGAAGAUAGAAUUCAGGUGUGGUUCCAAAAUCGUCGGGCAAAAUGGCGUAAAACCGAAAAAUGCUGGGGACAUAGCACAAAAAUGGCUGAAUACGGACUUUAUGGUGCAAUGGUCAGACACUCUCUACCACUACCUGACACAAUUUUGAAGUCAGCAAAGGACGAUGAAUCUGUGGCCCCGUGGCUCCUAGGCAUGCAUAAGAAAUCUCUCGAAGCUGCUGAAAUACUGAAAAGCGAUGAAAGUGAUCGUGAAACACCAACCUCCGACGAUACCAACACCUCAUACUCAGCCAGCAGUACUCACAACUCCCCCAUCUCUUCAUUUUCAAUAUCGCGCCUGCUAUUCGAUGCCCCCAAGAAACAGGAGGAGAACGCCACACAUCAGGAGAUGAGGUGAACUUUGAACCUCAUCCAGUGAACAAAUGAAGGGGAAAUGCUUUUAUAAAUUUAAAUUAAAGUAGCAAGUAAGCUAGAAGUAGUAUAGAAUGAAGGAAAAUACAAUUAUAUAUGUCAGGAAAAACCACUCGCAGUUUAUUAGGAAGAGAAAGUGGCAAAGAACAUUUCUAUUGCAAUUUACCGUGUAUUUCGAUACGAAAUUUCAAAAGCGACAAAACAAAACGAAUAUUGUAUCUAAUUCUGAUUGUAUAGAAGUAAUGCGUUAGUGAUAUUAGAAGUUGUUAUAACCAUUAAAAGGUAAUAAGUAAAUACAUUUUCCAGUGAAAUCUACAUGCAAAUUAUAAGAACGAAGAAAAGAAAACUCAAAUCGAAAACAUCGAAAAUGCAUUUCAAGCAAAUUUCAAACAAAUUAAUUCAAAGCUCAGAUAUUGCAGCAAACAAUAUAAAAUGUUAGCAACGAUUUUAAAAACGCCAGUAGUCUUAAAGGAACGAAUCAAUGUCAUAUUCUUACUGAGUUUCCCCCAAUUACCCGUAAUUAUCCUCAUUGUAAAUAGCUCGCGAAUCCAUGAUUAUGUCCCUCUAAAACUUAAUAGAUUACGUGACCGUAGUACUUAUCGUCUAAGUUGGUUCUCAAAAUAACAAAAUUGUGCUUGAGGGCGUUCGAAAGUGAUACCGUGCAUGAAUGGAAGGCUCGCAGGAAAGAAGAUAAAUAUACACACUCGUAGUAGAAAUUGGAUAGAGAAAAUUUUAGAUAAAUAAGCGACAGUUGAUAAAAGGCAAAAGAAAACGUACUAAGUAAGAAUAUUUGCAAUUGUCUAUAUUCAGUAAUGCGAUUUUAAUUUGAUAGGAAGCUGGUUGACUCUUCUCUUCUAUAAACAUAGCAUAACCCAUAGUGUAUAUGGAAAUCUGUACGAAUAGUUUUUAUUUAAAAAAUAAAGUAAAACAAAUUGUAUGAAUGUGAACAUAAUAGAAAUGCAAUGAUA